AUCAUUGGACAUUUGUGCAAGUUAAGUAAGUUGGACUUGAUUGAUCUGCCAAUGUUGACCCGUGUCUGGAUUGAGGUUCCUAAAGGUAUUUUGAACCUCAAAAACCUCAAACUGCUGAAAAUCCACAAUUGUGGCAGUUUAAUAAAUAUAUUUACACCUAGCAUCUGCUGAGACCUCGUGCAACUCCAAAAGUUAGAAGUGAAGUUGUGCUAUGGUUGAAGAAAUCAUCACAGAAGAUGUGGUGAAGGAUGAAACUAUGGAUGAGAUCAAAUAUCCUCUAUUGAACUCCAUUACUCGUGUCUUUGCCAAGUUUAAUCAAUUUCAAUUCCAGAAAUGGUACUUUGCAUCUUUCAUCUUUGAAAGAGAUUAUUGUAAUUGACUGCCCAAGCACAUUUACUUGUUCAUUUUUGAGGGUAGCAGAACCAAAUGCAACAGAUGAAAUUGUUGAACCAAAGGUUGUUUUCCCCAACUUGGAGGAUCUGAAACUGUCAUCAGUUGACAUUGAGAAGAUGUGGGAUGCUCAGCAGUUGGAAAUGUCUUCUUGUAUUCAGAAUUUGACAAGCUUGACUGUGGAUGGCUGUGGCAAUUUAAAAUAUCUAUUAUCGUCAUCAAUGGUUAAAAAAGUUAUGCAUCUGAAAAGACUUGACAUAUGCAAUUGUAAGAUGAUGGAAGAAGUGAUGGUCAGGGAAAGAUUGGAAGAAGAAAUAAUGAGUAAGAUGUUACUCCAUCAACUAGAGUUCCUGGAGCUCAAAUAUCUCCCCAAAACUCACGCGAUUCUGCACAGAUAAUUUAAUUGAAUGCCCUACCUUAAAAGAACUGUGCAUACAAAAUUGCCCUGGGUUGAUGACAUUUAUCUCCAAUUCUGACAGUGCAAACAUGAACGACAGCAGUGAACUCCAAGCAAUAAGCUCUGCUCUCUUUGAUGAAAAGGUUGUAGUCCCCAAGUUGGAGCAAUUGAAGAUCCUCAAUAUGGAUAAUUUGAAGAUGAUAUGGCACAAUGAAUUCCAUUCAGAUUCCUUUUGCAAAAGAAGAGUACUGAAGGUGGAAUACUGUAAAGAACUACUGAAAAUUUUUCCAUCCAAGUUGUUAAGACACCUUGAAAAUCUUGAGGAUUUGGUUGUGAGGAAUUGUGAUUCACUUCAAGAGGUGUUUGAUUUCCAAGAGCUAAUGAAUAUCAAAGAAACAGUAGCCAAUCAAUUGAGAACUCUGGAUGUACGAAACCUCCCAAAUUUGAAGCAUGUAUGGAAUGAGGAUCCUCUAGGACUUGCUUGUCUUGUUUGACAACCUACGUUCAGUGGAUGUUUGGAAUUGUCCAAGUCUUGUAACUCUCUUCCCAGCUUCAAUAGCUAAAAAUCUCCCACAACUAGAAACACUUAAUAUAGAUGGUUGUGGAGUAGAGGAACUCGUUACAAAGAAAGAAGGAAGAGAAGCAACUCCUAGAUUUGUAUUUCCUGGACUAAAGUCUUUGGAACUUCAAAGAUUACAAGAACUGAAAUGUUUCUACUCAGGAGUUCACAUCUUAGACUGUUCAUUGCUAGAAAGACUGCUAGAUGUGAAAGGUUGGAGAUUUUUGCAUCACAAACUAAGAGGUUGCAAGAAACACAUAUGGAGAGCCAACUUGAGAUUCAAAUUCCACAACCACUAUUCUCACCUAAUAAGAUCAUCCCCAACUUAGAGAUAUUAUCGUUGAUAGUCAAGCAUGCCAAAAUGAUUUUGGAAGGACAUUUUCCAGCAGACCUCUUUCACAAACUAAAAGUUGUGCAACUAAAUUACUUUCAUGACAAAUCUGCAAUUUUUCCAUUUGAUCUCCUCCAAUUAUUCUACAAUAUGGAAAAACUUUUUAUAUGGUGUAGUCAUUUCGAAGAGUUGUUCCCUUAUGAAGGACUUGUUGAUAAGGAGAAACAUGCAAGUUCUCUUGCACAGAUACGAUACUUAGAGUUGGAUCUUCUUCCUGAUCUAAAGUACAUUUGGAACCAACACUCUCAGUUGGACCAAGUGCUUCAAAAUCUUGAAACUUUGAAAGUAAAGAGAUGUGAUAAUUUGAUCAGUUUAGCGCCAUCCUCUGCUUCUUUCCAAAAUCUAACAAAUUUGGAUAUAGAGAAUUGCAGUGGAUUGUCAAGCUUAGUUACAUGCUCUGCAGCAAAAAGUCUGGUGCAACUCACAGAACUAGGUAUAAAAGGAUGUGAUGGGUUGACAGAAAUAGUUGCAAAUGAAGGAGAUGAAUCAAAAAAGGAUAUCAUCUUUUGCAAAUUAAAAAGUUUGGGAAUUCAUUGUUUGCCAAGCCUUGUAUGCUUUUGCUCUGCAGAGCACAUAUUCAAGUUCCCUUCUUUGACGCAAGUAAUACUGAGGCAAUGCCCCAAGAUGCAGGUUUUCUCAAAAGGAGUCUUGAGCACACCAAGGCUACGGAGAAUACGACUGACAGAAGAAGUAAAUGACAAAGGGCGCUGGAAUGGCAAUCUUAAUACUACCAUAGAUCAAUUGUUUGCAGAAAUGGUAUCGUUUUUGGUUAAUCAAAUUUCCACUUCUUCCACAAUUUAUAAUAGCUAUAUGCAUCUUAAAAGUUUGAGUAGAAUUAAUAAUACUAUGAAAUCAUAGUUCUAUUCUGAAGUAUUCUCUUCUUGAUCAUGACUUCCUUUUCCCUGCAUUUUUUCCAUUAUUUAUAGAAUACCAAAGAACAUUGAACCCCAUACCAUAUGUGCUCAAGCUGAAAUAAGGCCAAUCCUCGUGGUUGCUGCCAGGCACUGGAUCAUGUAUUCCGUUAGUGGGAGGUAGAUGGGGGGGCUUUCUUAUUCUGUUCUUUUAUGCAAGGUGUUGUUUUCUUUUGAGAUUUUAAAUGGUGGGAGGACCGUUUUGCCCCCAUAUGUAUGAAUUACACUAUUUAAUUAUAUAUUGUGUCAAUGUUCUGCCUUUGUGCAAAGAGUAUGUCUGUAAAUAUUGGAUUUCUAAUGUGUUUGCACAUUGUAAAUUAAAAUGAUUUUGCAAUAAUUUCUUGUACCAAUCUUGGACUUGUAUUCAUUUGAACAAUUUAGCAGUAAAAUUAUCUGAAUAAUUGUAGUCCCUGGCUAA